AGAAAGAAGCUGCGGAGGCCACAGACAGCCGCUGCAGGAGGACGCACUGCUUCAUGUGUUUGCAUUUCAUGAGGCUUCUUUCAUUCUUUUUACAUUUUUUUUUAUCACUGAAGGGUCAAAGUGAGCUCACUCCGGAUGAGAACUUUAUUUAUGGGCACUUUGACCUCCCCCUGACAGGAAACAGCAAACACUGACGAGUCCGCGUUUGGAUCGUUUUGGAAAUAUUUGGUAGUUUUGGUUGUGUUUAUCCAGGACUACUUUACUGUUACUUUUACUGAGAAGAAAAAGGUACAAUGAGUCGGACGCAGCUGCUCAGGAUCGUGUUGUGCGCAGUGAUCUGUCUCUCUGCUGAUGCUCUGCCUGCUUCAGGUUGUGAAGGAGAUGAGUGCAGCACAGACCAGACCUCCUCGUCAUUGCCCCCCUCCUCCUCUUCUAUCUCACCCUCUCUGGUGGUGAAGUCCCAGCAACCGUCAGAGGACUUCCUGGCUCAGUUUACCCGAGUGAGCUCAUCAAACAGCGGGGACCGUAAACACCGUGACGCCAGCGCCGUCCUGCCCUUCAUCGGCCUCACAGGCAGUGCUGAGCAGAGUCGGAGCUGCUGUAAGAACGGAGGAACCUGCAUCCUGGGCAGCUUCUGUGCGUGCCCUCCAUUCUUCACGGGGAGGAGCUGCGAGUACGACCAGCGAAUCAGGAGCUGUGGUUCCAUUCCUCAUGGCGAGUGGGUUCAGAAAGGAUGCUCCUACUGUCGCUGUGGUUACGGUGUCCUACACUGCUUCCCCCACGUCUUCCAUAAAGACUGCGAUGACUCGGAGGAGGUGCGUUGGUAUCGUUCGUCAGCUGUCAGGACAGUUCGGACCGGCUGUUUCCUGUAUCUGACACUGUUUCUUCCUCUGCUUCUCCUCCUCCUCCUCUGAUGUUUUUUUCCAAAAUGGAUGCUGGACGCUAUGCAAGAUUUCUCAUACUGCUGCUUCAUGACUAAAGAUCUGUUUACAGUCACAAUCAGAGCUUUAUAAGCUUUAAAAAAUAUUUAUUGUAUUUUGUCCAAAUGCUACAGUAGUGGAGGAGUCAAAUAUUGGUUCAAAACUGGAAAUAAGGAGUUAUGAAGACAUGCUUACGGUCUUAAAAUCUAAAUUUCUGGACUUUUAAACUCUGCAGUUGGACUGGGUUGUGGUUUAGGGGGACCUACUGUGAUGUUAUGGUUUAUGGGGACGUACUGGAGGUCUUUGGCACUAAACUGAGCUAUUCAUUGUUGCCUAUGAAAUGGCAGCAAUGAGUCUUUUUGAGGACUAUAGGUUAAAUGGACUCGAAUAAUACACCACUUACAUUUCAUGAGUUCAGUAGACACAGUUGACCAGUUGCUUCAAAAAAUAAAAAAAUUCUGGUAUUGCAUCUGAACUAACUCCAUUUCCCCAAUUCAGUUCCUCUUGUUUUAAGACAUUUUGAGAAAUGAGUGUAAAAAUAUUUAAAAUAGAUCACUCCAUUGACAGAUUUGAACAUUUGAGGAUUCAGUAUUGACUUAAAAAUAUUACAAUGUGGAUUUUAAUUAAAACCAUAGAAGGCAACAGAUGCAAAAUAUAAUAGUGAUUACAGCAGGGUAUUUAUCUAUUUAUGAAUCAGCAGUUUAACAGUGAACGCAGCAGCAAGUGUGUGUGUGUGUGUGUGUGUGUGUGUGUGUGUGUGUGUGUGUGUAUGUGUGUGUCUCUGAUUCUUAAAGCUUAUCCUUCCAGUGGAAGGUCGUCUGUGUGUCUAUGAUAUCUUGAAGAACAAAAUGUAUGUGAAGGAAGCUGUACAUAAGAUUUUUACGAAAUGUAUGUUUUUUUUUUGUCAUUUUAGGAUCUGUAGCUCAAUGUGAUUUUUUUUCUUUGUAAAAGAAGAUGCAGUUUCUCGUUUUUAAAUUUGUGUCUUCUGUCUGUUUGCACAAACUAUGAGCUGAUGUGACAUUUUGUCUCUUUGAUUAAACAUGUAUUGAUUAUGUGUUUACAAAGUUGCACAAGUUUUGUUUGUGUAAUGAGAAACAGGAAGUACGUUGUCUCUGGAAAAACAAGUGUUUACAUCAUUAAAAGAAAUAUGACACUAGAAGUAA